GUCACACUCAGUCAACGCCGAGGUCGGACUUUUACACCUUACCAAUCUCGCUGGGACUUCGGAACAACUUGAACGGCAGGCUUCUUGAUGCCCUCAACAAUCAUACUUGAUCUCGGGGAAGCUUCUUGGGACUACCUCUUAGUCUAUCGGUCUCGUCGAAGUCACCCGAAUGUUGUACUCUCUAGUCUUUCUCGUCGGUGCGACUAUCAUCACUGCACAGGCUUUCCGCUUCUCGGGCUUCCUCUGGUUCUACCUCCUCAAACCUUCGUCCGUGAAGAAGUAUCUGCAUGGUAUUGCACCCUACGUCCUCGUAACCGGAGCGACAGACGGUAUCGGCAAGGCCGCCGCGCGAGAGCUCUUCGUUAGGGAUUUCAAUUUGAUCAUCCACGGUCGUAAUGAGGAGAAGGUGAAGAGGGUUAUCGAGGAACUCAAGGCACAAGGGAGUGGCGACAUCCAGUACUUCAUUGCGGAUGCAGCCAAAGGCGGGCACGACUUCAGCCAGCUGCUCCAGCCGUUCAUGGACCUGAACAUCACACUGGUCGUUAACAAUGUCGGCGGUGUGCAUAUGAACGGAAAGAAGAUGGAUGCGUCCAGCGAGGCAGACUUGGUCGAGCUCGUCACCUGGAACGAUCUCUUCCCCCUACUCCUCACCCGCGCGCUCCUCCCCAAGCUGCGCUCGACGUCGCAGCGCGGGCCCGUCCUCGUGCAAUUCGUUGGAUCGCAAUCCGCGAUUCUCGGACCGCCCACGCUCGCCGUCUACGCCGCCACCAAGGCGUUCCUCUCGACCCUCGUCCGGGGGCUCGACAACGAGGAGCACCUUUGGGGCGCCUCGUCGAAUGUGGAAUUCGAGCACCUCGCGGUCGGGUCUGUGUCCUCGGCCGGUAACCCCCUGACCGUAACGCUGGCGGCGCCGAGCGCAGCAAGCUUUGGGAAAGCACUCGUGGACAGGCUUGGGUGCGGGCGGAGACACUACGCGCCGUGGAUGGUGCAUGCGAUCAUGGAAUGGGUGGUUGGGGUAUUACCAGAGAGUGUGGUGGAUCGUUUCGGUGCGAGCGCAAUCCGGAAUGUGUAUGAAGACCAUCAGAAGAGGAUAUGAUAUGUAGCGCAUGUCGGGAGCCUGUGGUUGUACAUACAUACGCUCAAUUGUCCGAUGCUGUAAUGCUAGUAUAGACUUGUGAAGGACUGCCGCUGGUAGUAUGCGAUCUCGAUGUACAAGCGCAAGGGCCUGCCACCGAAGUCACGGUGAUGACGCAAUAUCGUGAUGCUUAUUU